UUUGCAAUUUAUGUUCAUGUCACCAUGUUUCUCAGCUCUCCUUCAGUGAUGAACAGGCUCAAGACUGUUUCCCGCCAUUUGUCAUCGUCACGCGCGGAAUUUCAGCCUUGCAGCGCGCGCGCUCCAGCUGACCCUCAAGAUGUGGUGAUCGUUCACGGUUUACGGACUGCUAUAGGGAGGGCCAAGAAAGGCUCGUUCAAGGACACGACCCCAGACGAGCUGCUGAGUGCAGUGAUGAUAGCGGUGCUGAGGGACGUGGGACUGUCCCCGGAUAAACUCGGGGACGUGUGUGUUGGUAAUGUGUUACAGCCGGGUGCAGGAGCUGUGAUGGCCCGGAUUGCACAAUUCAUCAGUGGCUUUCCAGAAACGGUGCCUGUGUACACGGUAAACCGUCAGUGUUCGUCUGGAUUACAAGCGCUUCUUAACAUCGCAGGUGGUAUCAGGAAUGGGUUUCAUGACCUGGGCCUUGCAUGUGGGGUGGAGAGCAUGUCUCUGCGUUCUGUUGGAAACCCGGGAGAUCUCAGCUCCAGACUGAUGGAUAAUGAAAAGGCCAGAGAGUGUCUCAUUCCCAUGGGAAUCACUUCAGAGAAUGUUGCAGAGAGAUACGGAGUCACCAGAGAGAAGCAGGAUUCAUUUGCUUGCAGCUCUCAGCACAAGGCAGCUCAGGCUCAGAAACAGGGUCUAUUCGAGCAGGAGAUUGUUCCAGUUACCACCAAGUUUGUGGAAGAGAACGGGAUCGAGCGCACAAUCACGGUCACCAAGGACGACGGCAUCCGACCAGGCACCACCAUGGCGGGUCUGGCCAAACUGCGCCCUGCAUUCAAGGAGGAUGGCAGCACCACGGCAGGUAAUUCCAGUCAGGUGAGUGAUGGAGCAGCAGCUGUUUUGAUGGGUCGCAGGUCUGCGGUAGAGGCUCUUGGUCUGCCGGUGUUAGGAAUUCUGAGAGGCGGUGCCGUGGUGGGCGUUCCUCCAGACGUGAUGGGCAUCGGGCCAGCCUACGCCAUUCCAGCCGCCCUCGAGAAGGCAGGUUUGACUGUCAAUGAUGUUGAUGUCUUUGAGAUCAAUGAAGCCUUUGCUAGUCAGGCGGUUUACUGUGUAGAGAAAUUAGGCAUCCCAAUGGAGAAAGUAAACCCCAGUGGUGGUGCCAUUGCUUUGGGUCACCCGCUGGGCUGCACAGGAGCUCGCCAGGUCGUGACCUUACUCAACGAACUCAAACGCAGGGGCAGGAGAGCCUACGGCGUGGUGUCCAUGUGCAUCGGAACUGGCAUGGGAGCCGCUGCAGUCUUCGAGUAUCCUGGACCUUGAAGAAGAUCGGAGUCCGAUACAGCACGAUGAGAAGCUUCUAAAAGAAGCAUGUUGAUUCCAUUGUGAUCAUGAGGAACGUGUGGAAUUUGCGAACUCUAAUUAAACACUUAUGUAAGAA